AUGACGCCCUCGCCCUUGCCUGGCAGCCUGGCUCCAGAGCCACGGCGACCGCGAAGCGCUCCAAAAGUCUCUGUCAACAUCGCGGAAGGUUCAAAGGGCAACGGUCGGCGGUUCCAGCUCGAAGUGAGCGAAUGUGUUGAGACUAAAACUGUUACAACCACAACUCGUCUUACUCGCAAGUUCCCUCAAGUCUUCGUUCGCGACCCAACCCCGCUUGAAAGCCUCGACACGAAAGAAUACCCUUUGGCGAUGAAACCAACGCCGCCAGAGUUGCUAGAUUUCUCCUAUUAUGUCCCCGAAGACGACCAGACUGACGACCAAGACGGCCAUUCCGACGGCGAAAAGGACGUCACCCAGGACGGCUCGAGUCAGCUGGUGGUUGCCAAACCCCUCAAGCAACUCGUGACCGGUGGCUCCCUAACACCUACGGCCGUGGGAACCGAAUCCUGUCUGCAUCAGACUCCGAUGCCAAAUCGAACCAGCCGGCAGGCAUCACGGUCUCCUUCCGAAGCUUAUCCCCGACGCACUCGCGCAGCCCGAUCUAGCGGUGCAGAUUCGCCAUCGCCUUCAGCCUUUCAGUGUCGUGCCGCUUCUGUCAUUACGCCUCGAACAUCACUGCGCCUUCCCCGUUUCUCUACCUUGCAUGCCGUGUCAGACAAACUGAGGCGAUCAAUAGCUCAGGGUGACUCGACCUCUCCCGGAGUCUGCGGUGGCGGAAACACGGAUGCCGCCGGCAUGCCGCCCUCCAGUCGCCGUGAUGUUGCCGAAAGACUCAGCCGCGCUGGAUCCGGUUUCCUUGCCACUCCCGAUAUUACUUCCGAGGUCGUUGGUUCGGCCAUGGACCGCUCUUCCCAACGACGCCGUCCAUCAGACUUGGAACGGCCUCCAUCCCUGCAGGAUCCUUCCUCCGUGCCUGCUGUUGCCUGUGACUCUGCUAGCCCAGCUGGGAGUGACUCUCAUACUGUGUUCAGUAGCAACGUGGCUACGCCGCCAAUCACCGAUGCCGACCCCGAGCCUUUUGGAGACGCAGACGACUCACUUCAGCACUCCCUUCGUGCGGCAAUUCACCACAGACCUACAAUUGAUGUCGUCGCUGCUCAAGAUGCCAGCCUCCCUAGUCCGAGGUUGUCACCUACUCUUGCCGCCUCCCAAUUACACUCCGCGGAGUCUGAAGAUGGUGCGCAGUCCAGCUUCCACACAUCAGCGAGUGACAAUACCUUGCCCUGGGCCGAGGAGACCCAGGCCACAGAUGACACCAAGGCUUUGCAGUUGAAAUCAACCUCGCAGUCUACCGACGAUGGAGGAGCUCUAAAACGGCUCGAAUUGAACGAUCGCUUCGGCCCUAUUGUCCUUGACACACAGACGCUCCUAGAAGCAUUUGACUCGAUGAAGACCGAGAUGAAGACAUUCAUGAUGUAUCAGUUCCUUCGUCGAUGUCCACGUUCUACACUGCGAUUGAUAGCUGAUACCGUCAAUCCUGCCCUGAAGUGUGACUUUUUAAAGCAACUUCCCCUGGAGUUGAGUUACCAUGUCUUGGCUUAUUUGGACCAUCGAGAUCUGUGCAGAGCCGCUCAAGUCUCAAGGCACUGGCGCAAUAUCGUUGACCGCAAUGAAACCGGCUGGAAGGAGCUCCUAGACAGAGAGGGUUAUUGCAUGGCACCUGGUGAAUUGGGCAAAGCCAUUGUUCAAGGUUGGGGCUGGCAGGAUCCUGUUGGGCCCAGAGGCUACGAACGCGACUUGAGCAUGCAGGGUCGGCUUACAUCAUCUGAAUUUGAAUUAACUCGAGCCUUCCGAAGCGAUAUUACACCAAAAUCUAGGAGUUCGAAGCGAAAGCGUGGUCUUAACACUUAUUCAGCAUCGGAACGAUCCAAACGUAGGGCUGGCACAUCUCAGGAGUCUUCCACCGCUGCUUUGAGGGACCCAAAAAUGGAGACAGAAUUGAAGCAACAUAAAUCUGAGGGACCUCUUUCCGCUGCGAACGCAGCAGCAGCCGCCGUUCCCGACCCUCAGCUCGGUCUGCCUAGUCUUCGCCAACUUCAUCUUUUCAAGUCGAUCUAUCGCCGCCAUCACAUGAUUCGUCAAAGUUGGACAAGCGGCGAUGUCAAACCUGGUCAUGUCGCCUUUGCUGCCCAUCCUCGGCACGUCAUCACUUGCUUACAGUUUGAUGAUGAUAAAAUAAUAACAGGGAGUGACGACACAUUAAUCCAUAUUUACGAGACGAAAACAGGCAAAUUACGGAAGAAGCUUGAAGGUCAUGAAGGUGGUGUAUGGGCCCUACAAUACGAGGGAAACAUUCUUGUUUCAGGAUCAACAGACCGGUCGGUCCGUGUUUGGGACAUUGAGCGAGGACUAUGUCAGCAGGUAUUCUUCGGCCACACUAGUACUGUGCGAUGCCUACAAAUUCUUCUGCCUGCCGAGACCGGACGAGAUUCCAGUGGACAAGCCAUUAUGCAACCUGAGAAGCCGCUGAUUAUCACGGGAUCUCGAGACAGUCAACUGCGAGUAUGGCGCCUUCCGGAAGUUGGCUCUCGCAGGUAUAUUCAGACCGGACCGGCAGCGCAAGAAUCUGACUGUCCCUACUUUAUCAGGGUGCUCAUGGGCCACGCACAUUCCGUGAGAGCCAUUUCGGCCCAUGGCGACACACUUGUAAGCGGCUCAUAUGAUAGUACGGUGCGUGUAUGGCGUAUCAGCACCGGUGAACAGCUACAUGUUCUUCGUGGUCACUCUCAGAAGGUAUACUCGGUCGUGCUUGAUCACAAGAGAGCCCGAUGUAUUUCCGGCUCUAUGGACUCGCUUGUCAAGGUUUGGGACCUUGCGACUGGUGCUUGUCUGAACACUCUCGAAGGCCAUAGCCUUCUGGUUGGCCUCUUGGAUCUGCGAGACGAGCGUCUCGUAUCUGCCGCGGCAGACUCGACACUUCGAAUCUGGGACCCUGAGAGCGGCAGGUGCAGACAUACGCUCAUGGCACACACUGGAGCUAUUACCUGCUUCCAGCAUGACGGGCAAAAGGUCGUUAGCGGCAGUGAGAAGACGGUGAAAAUGUGGGAUGUCAAGACUGGCGAGUGCGUGCAAGAUUUGUUGACUGAUCUUACCGGCGUUUGGCAAGUCAAGUUUGAUGAGCGACGCUGUGUGGCUGCUGUCCAGCGUGACCAGCUGACGUAUGUCGAGAUUUUGGACUUUGGUGCCAUUCGAGAUGGACAAGCUCCAGAGGAGCUGGGAAAGCGAAUUUUAUUAAACGAGCCUGAAGAGCGAGAGAUUAUUGACGAUGGGGCAGCGCUAGACUGA